AUGAGUACCAAUACUGUUAUCAACCAGCGAAACAAGUACCCGGACGGUCGUGUCCAGCCUAGCGGCACUGCGCCACGAAUCAAGCGUAUAGAGCGGGACAACCCCUUCGAAGGCAAGGACGAACCAACCGUUCUCAUCGUCGGUGGAGGCACCUUUGGAGUCUCUACCGCUUACCAUCUGGCUCAUGUCUACCAAGAUCCGUCGAAGGUCACGGUCAUAGACCGCUCGCCAUCACCACCUUACCCAGCUGCAGCCAUCGAUAUCAAUCGUGUCAUACGAACGGACUACCCCAACCAGCUAUACUGCAAUCUAGCUCAUGAGUCCAUCCACCCUUGGUUCUGGUCCGGCGAGCUCGGCCCAACUUUCAACAAAGUCGGCUGGUUCAUGUUCAAUGAAGAAGGCAGUGACAUUGCUAGCCGGAUCUGCGAGACUUUUACAGAACGAGGCUCGAACUGGGCGGAGGAUGUUCAACUGAAUGAACUUGGCAAUCGAUUCGAUGGUAUUCUCAGCCAGACAGAGACUAAAGGCUUCACACAUGCGUACUUCAACCCCGAAUCCGGAUGGGUCAAUGCUGCUGUAGCCACCCACAAUUUCAUCACAGCGGCCGAGAAACGUGGAGUGAGACGGGUCACAGCAGAUGCAACGGAGCUCCUCUAUGACUCCAGUACAGGACGGAUCAAGGGUGUACGCACUGCGGAUGGGGGGACUUAUCUGGCUGACAAAGUGAUACUGGCCACAGGAGCAUGGACUAGUCUGCUCAUGUCACCCAUCGAGGAUGUGCUGGAUAUUGCUGACAAGGACCGGAUCGAGACCCAAGCCCGAGCGACAGGCACCGUCUCAGCAUACUACAGACUGUCAGUCGACGAGACAGCAAAGCUGACCAAAGCAAAGAUGCCCGUAAUCGUGUACGGAGGCAAUGGCGAGAUCUUCCCACCGUCGAAAGAGAAUCAACUGCUCAAGGUCUCCAACUCGAGGACAACUUUUACCAACACAACCACUACGAAGUCUGGCCACAAGAUUUCGGUUCCGAAAGUAGAUCAAUACAACGUGCCAGACUCGAUCAAACGUGAGACGGAAGCCAUCAUGUCUAGCAAAGUCUUGCCGGAAUAUGUACGAGGCAAGAAGCCUGACUACUGGCGGAUAUGCUAUGACACGCAGACUCCCACGGAGGAUCUGCUCAUGUGCAAACAUCCUAAUGCGAAGCUGGACAAUCUUUACUUGGCGCUCGGCGGCAGCUUUCAUAGCUACAAAUUCAUGCCUGUGGUCGGAAAGUACAUGCUCAACAUCUUGCACGGCGAGAGCAAUGGACCAGAAAAGGACAAGGCGUGGGGCUGGAAGUCUGCGGCAGACUGGAACGAUGUCAGGGAGUUUGGGCUCUUGUCUGGAAGAGCCGUGGCGAAGGUCGAGUUGAAAGACUUGGAGAGUGGUCGGUGUAAGCUGUGA